GAGAGAGAGAGAGGGGAGAGAAAAGAGGCGGAAGGCAGCAAGCGGAGGCGGAGAAGGAAACCAUAGAAAGAGAGAGAGAGAGAGAGAGAGAGAUUCUUGGUCUUCUCUUUGCCCCAAAAUCGCGUCCUGAUUCAUCGCCCCCUUGUAAACCCUAACCCUAAUUCAUCGGCCCGACCGAGUCCCCCAAGACUUCUCGCCGGCGAUCGGAGGCAUUGAGGAUUCCGGCGCCUCCGUCGAUUUCUCCGAUUUGAUCUGGACGUUGAUGGAAUUGGAGUCCGUCGGCAUUUUUGAGUAGAGGAGGUCUGAUUGUUGGAUAAGGUUGAGGGUUUGAUUGGUGAUCGGAUGUUGGGGGAGGGUUGAAAUUGGGGUUGAAUUUUGAUGGAGGAGGCUGGAAAAAGCAAGAGCGAUGGUGGAUCUCUCUGGGCUUCUUUUGGCGGGGCGUUUAAGCCUUAUACUUCGAUGGCCUCGCCUGCGUCCACGGCUGAUGGGGGAUCUUCGGCGUGGGGGAGCUUGAGAGUGGUUGUGAGGAGACCGUUGGUGUCAAGAUUGACUAAAGACAUAAUAGAGACAUUCCAAUUAUGCAACCCGAAAUUUACGUAUUCUGAUACGUUGAAUCCAAAACGGUUUCUAACCAACCCGUCAGUUGGAGUUCUCAAUGAUGGGUGUGACAAUGCAAAUUCAGAUCUUAUCUUACAUGUAAACACUGUGUUGGUUAAUUCGAAUACAAAUCAAAGGUACUUUGUUAAAGACCUUCUUGGCCAUGGGACAUUUGGACAAGUUGUAAAGUGCUGGGUUCCGGAGAGUGACAGUUAUGUUGCAGUUAAGGUUAUUAAAAACCAUGCUGCUUAUUAUCGCCAGGCACUAGUUGAGGUUUCUAUUUUGACCACGCUGAAUCAGAAUCUGGGACAUGACGAAAAACGCCACAUUGUCCGCAUUCUUGAUUAUUUCAUAUUUCAACGCCAUCUAUGCAUAUCAUUUGAGAUGCUUGGUUCAAAUCUUUAUGAGGUUAUUAAAAUGAACCAAUACAGAGGAAUUCCCCUGAGCCUUGUCCAAGUUUUCUCAAAACAGAUCUUGCAUGCAUUGGUUGUCAUAAAAGAAGCUGGCAUCAUUCAUUGUGAUUUGAAGCCUGAAAAUAUACUUUUAUCUACAAGUACGAAGCCGGAAAUAAAAGUAAUUGAUUUUGGAUCAGCCUGCAUGGAGGGUCACACAGUAUACUCAUACAUACAGAGUCGAUACUACAGAUCUCCAGAAGUAUUGCUCGGCUAUCCAUAUACUACUGCCAUUGACAUGUGGUCAUUUGGGUGUAUUGUCGCUGAGUUGUUCCUUGGCUUACCUUUAUUUUCCGGGGCAUCAGAAUAUGAUCUUCUUAAGCGGAUGAUUGAGAUACUUGGUGGUCAACCUCCUGAUGACCUUCUUAGAGAUGCAAAAGACACAAAUAAGUUCUUUAAGCAUGUGGCAAGUAUUUAUCAUUUGGAGGAGGCCCACAAGGGAAAUGCAAGUGCAUACCGUAUUUUAACUGAAGAGGAGUAUGAAGCUAGGGUAUCUCAAAAACCAAUAAUAGGAAAACGAUACUUCAGCAAGGUUAAGCUUGAGGACAUCAUUGCAAGUUAUCCGUACAAAAAAAAUCUUUCUGAAGAAGAAAUUUCUAAAGAAAACAUUUCUCGUUUAGCCCUAGUUGAUUUUCUGAGGGGACUUGUUGAGUUUGAUCCUGGAAAACGGUGGUCACCUUUGCAGGCAUCACGUCAUCCAUUUGUUACAGGAGAACCCUUUAUGUACCCUUAUCAACCUCCUCCAGAAACUUCUCGAAUUCCUGUCGUGCAUUCUGUUAUUGUGGAUCAUAAUCCAGGGGGUGGGCAUUGGGUUGCAGCUGGUUUAUCCCCUCAGGUUCCAAGUUCAAACAGGUUCCCUCAACAUAAUAGCCCACAUUUUCAUAUGGUGCCAAUGUCUCAUGGCAGUAGUUUUGGUAGCCUUGGGAGCCAUGGGAGCUAUAAUGAUCAUACUGGCCUGGGAAGUAGCUAUGGGAGUUAUGGUGAUGUUAACAAUAUGUAUUCAUAUUUCUCACCAGUAGGUCCUGGAGUGAACAUACAAACACAAGUUGGAGGACCAUUCCUUGGUGCUAGUCCAGAUACUAGACGUAGACCUCACAUGUCUCAUGGAAAUGGAUUUGGUAUGAGUCCUACUGGAAGUCUGGGACCUAUGUCUCUUGGUGCCAGUCCCUCACAAUUUACUCCUCCAAGCUCACAGAUGCAGAUACCAACUGUUUCUCCUGGAAAGUAUGGUCCCACUUCUCCCGCAAGAGGCAGUGUUCAUGGUUCUCCAUUGAGUAAAGCAGCUGCGGUCAGUCAAUAUAGCCAAUAUAACAGGAGGAGAAGUUGGGGCCAUCAUGGAACUUCUUCUAUGCAACCUCAUGAGAAUGCAUCUCCCCAAUGGCAGGGAAAUCAAGGUGAUGAUAUCAGUUGUCAGUCUGAUGCACUUGCUCGAGGACAUGUUGGUUCUCCUUGCAAUACCUUUUCAGCUACAAAUCAUUCUAGUUGGAGACAACAAACAGGACCAUCUACAAAUAAUCAGGGUUUUCCUGCAUCCAGGGCAUUUAAUACCAAUGCUCUCCCAUCUCGUUCUACAGAAGUUUCUCAUGAUAAGCUUGAAAGUAGUUCUUCAGUUCCUGAUCCUGCUGAUUGGGAUCCAAAUUAUAGUGAUGAACUGCUUUUACAAGAGGACAAUUCUGAAGCCAACUCUUUGGCCUUUGGAAUUACUAGAAGUGUUUGCCUUGGUAAUGCAACUGAUGCCUCGGUACUAAAUGAAGCUGGGAAAUCUAGUCAGAGUCAUAGCCAAGCUCGCAUAAACUCAAGUUUUGUCUCAUCAAAUCAAAGGAUAGAUGGAGCAUCUCAGGUGCAUUCACGUGCUGAGAGUGGCUCCCAUUAUGCACAUAGUAUGCAUGCUGCUCAUAGCCGGCUGCCACCGUUUUCACAAAAUUCUCUGAGCCGUUUUGGGCAACCAUCUUCUUACCGUCACAAUCAAUAUUCAAAUUUUUCACAUGGUGAACGAAUACAUCACAAAGGUCAACGAGCUCCCAGUAACUUUUCUGGGCCACAUGUACACUCUGCUGCACAGACAAUGUUCAGCGGUGGCACGUCAUGGGGACGAAGAGAUGGACACAACAUUCCGACCACUCUGCCGUCCCAUGCAAGGAAGGAGUAUGGGAGGAUGUCCUGAUGCAGAUAGCUAACAUCCAAUCUCUUCCAGGGGAUCAGAAUUGAUUGCUGGCAACAGAAUUGUACUUUGAAAAUGUCAUAUUGCCUUGGUUUUGCCAUUUAUGAUGACCCCUAUUGGGUGUUGGUGCAUUGUGCUUCAUAUAUUUAUGAUGCUAUAAUUAUGGCAUGAAGACAGUAUUAUUUAUGUGAUCUUGGAACUCUCUAGUCAUUAAGCCCUGAUGGGGUUUUCAUAUAUUUAGUUAUUUACGACGUGUUAUUAGAUUUCUC